AUUUGCUUUCGAAUACCAACCACUGACACCUCUACCCAACUUUACGACCACAAUGGUUCGCUUCACCUCGUACUUGACUCUUACGGCGCUUGCUGCCGUUGCUGUCACUAACCCAACGACUGCCGACAUCAUCCAAGACGCUACCAAUGCUGCUGAAGAUGCCGCGAACGCAAUUGCCAGCGCCGCUCAAGAUGCUGCCGAUGCUGCUGGAAGCUGGAUCGACAACGCCGCCAGCAACGUUGAGGAAUUCUACCACGACGCUGCAAGUGCUGCGGAAGACGCCUACCAGGCGGCGGCCAGCGCGGCCAAGGAAGCGUGUAACGAGUACAAUUCGGAGCACAGUGCUUCUUUGGACUGCAACGAGUCCACGGCAAGUGCAGCUGCAGAUGCGGCCGCUAGCGCUGCGGGGGAGGCCUGUGUGAGCUACAAUAAUGCGACGGACAGCUCGCUCGACUGCGCGCAGACGGCUGCCAGCGCCGCUCUGGAAGCCUGCUACAACUACAAUAACGCCACUGACGGCUCAUACGACUGCUCCACCAUCACUACUGCGUCAACAACGACCAACUCUAACAGCACGACGGGAGGGACUACAGUCACCACGACUGCGCCGUCGACCAGCAGUGGGAACGCAGCCAGUGGCUCGGUGGACGGCGCUUCAACCACGUCCUCAGCCCCGACUCACGCGACGCCCGGAUUCUCGGCCGCCUGUGUCACCGCGAUCACCUUUGUCGGUCUACUUGCGAACUUCGUGUAAAAGGACCACGCUGUGAGCUCACGACGCUGUGACCGACGACGUCUAUUGCAGCGUGCAACACGAUCCGAUUCCUUUGAUUUACUCCUCACUAGUUUUUUUAAGCAUACCUAAUGCAAACGCUCUUUUGA